AUCCGGUGGCCGCACAAUACCUCAGGCAGCCACCACCACAACCCUCACCUACACCUACACCUACACCUACACCUACACCUACACCUACACCUACACCUACACCUACACCUACACCUACAACACCAUACUCCCCAGCCCGGCAAAAUGGCCACAACCUCAACCUCGACAGCCGUAGAAUGGCAGACGGCCCCCGCGAUCGAGCUGGAGUCGCGCGCGCCCAAACUCCCGCCCGCGGCCCCGACCUCCGCCACCGACGCGGUCAUGCAAGCGUCCGCGCAGGCGGACGCCGAGGUCCCCGACGGCGGACGCGGGUGGCUCGUGAUCGGGGCGUGCGCGGUGCUGACGUGGUGGGUGAUCGGGACCUCGUACUGCUGGGGAGUGCUGCAGGCGGCGCUGGUGGGGGAGCGGGUGGCAGCGGCGUCGACACUGGCGUUCGUGGGGUCGCUGGCGACAGCCUGCAUCUCGUUUUUGGGGAUCGCCAACGCGCAGCUGAUCCGGCGGCUGGGCACGCAGACCAGCGCGAUGCUGGGGGUGUUUUGCUUGGGGCUGGGGUCGAUUCUCAGCGGGUUCUCGUACCGCAGUGUGGCGGGGUUGUUUGUCACGCAGGGGGUCGUGUUUGGGGUGGGGAUUAGUAUGUGUUUUAUGGUCGUCUCGACGAUCCCCGCGCAGUACUUCAAGGCCAAGCGCGGCACUGCCAACGGCAUCGUCUACGCGGCCGGCGGCCUCGGCGGCACCGCGCUCAGCUUCCUCAUCAACGCCCUGCUCAAUAGCGUCGGCACCGCCUGGACCUUCCGAGUGAUCGGCUUCAUGACCUUGGCCACAGGGCUGCCCGCCGCGUGGCUGGUGCAGCAGCGCGUUCCCAUCCCACGGGCUGCCUUUGUCGAGUGGCGCCUCUUCCGCGACCUCCGCUUCUGCCUCCUCUUCGCCGUCGGCGCCAUCGCCACCUUCCCCCUGCUGGUGCCCCCCUUCUUCCUGCCCCUCUAUGUCAACGCCCUGGGCAUGGGCUCCACGGCCGGCGCCGGCGUCGUCGCCGCCUUCAACUUCUCCUCCGCCCUGGGCCGCCUCACCUGCGGCUUCGCCAGCGACACCAUCGGCCCGUUGAACACGUUGUUCGCCUCGCUGCUGCUCUCCGCCCUGAGCAUGUUGAUCAUCUGGCCCGUGUCGACGUCUAUCGGCCCGCUCAUCGUCUUUGUGGUCAUCAAUGGCAUGUCGAACGGGGGAUUCUUCUCGACGAUCCCCACGGUGGUCGGGAAUGUGUUUGGGUCCGCGCGCGUGGGCGUCGCGAUGGGGAUGAUUGUUACCGGCUGGGCCGGGGGGUAUCUUCUUGGCUCGCCGAUUGCAGGAUACAUCCUCGAUGCGUCCGGGGGUGAAGGGGCAGGCACGAAGGCGUAUCGGCCGGCCAUUCUGUACGCGGGGUUCAUGGCGCUGGCGGCGACGGCGCUGUCAUUGGGGAUUCGGGUGAAGACGAGCGCGAAGUUGGGGAAGAGGGUUUAAAUCCGG